GUAUGUUACAAUAAAAUAUGUUAUGGGUAUGGGAGAGGAAAGCGUAACUAAGUGAUUGGUAGGUGAAGUGACAAAUGAAACUUUUAUAAUUUAAAACUGGUUCUAAAUAAUGUUUUAGUUUAUUACAUUAUCAAGUACUUAGUUCAAUCCAAAGUAACAGUUUUGAAUCAGGAAUGGAGCGUCCGGAGAGACCAUCUCGUCAUAAGUCAAAUCCAUUGACCAAGUUUCGUGCCAAUUUGAGUUCAGAUUCUGAUUCAGAGUUGAAUGACAAUGAUGCUCCCAUUCAAAUGUUAAUGUUUUAUGAUCAACAUCCACCAGAGUCAGCCAGUGUCCCUGGUGGGCCAUCAACAUCAACAGCUACUCAACAGAGCCAAGAGAACACUGAAACUCCCAACAAUUUAAUGAGUUUGACUCCACCUCUGGCUACGGUACCCCGAGAAGAGGAGCCGCCCCAGCCAGAGGUCCGGAGAAAGAGAUGUGGAGCUACUCUUGCUGUCAGCUCAGCCGGAUCUGUCAUAUUUGAUGGUGUGGACAAUCAGAUUGAUUCCUCCUCUGUUACUAAUAUUCGUGAUUCCCCAAUGUUGGAACGAUUCCAGCACAGUGACUAUGUGAUCCGUCCUCGUAGCUUCUGUAACAUCGAGUGUAGUAAUGCCAUUCGCCCUCCAGUUUACAAGCUUAAACGCCCUAAUGCACCAAUUGACCUGACACCAAACCCUACAAACAGAGAUACAACGUGCCAAGCUCCAGUUGUGACGUCAAGCUUCAGUCUAGUUGACAACCCAUCUCUCCCCAGCAAUGCUGAAUCAUCAACUAGUUACCUACACAGAAUGCCAUACAUGGUGCCACAACGCAGUCCUCAGCGUAAUUUGCCGUCCACCAGCUCCUCCAUUCUGCGCCAUUUUGAUGAGAUGUGCUCAUCCUCUUCAUCUGCCAAUCCUGUUUACAGAAGGCGUAACAGGGGAGCAACAUUAAAUGUAAGGUUCCAUGAUUCUAUACGUGGAAAUGAUGGAUCACAUUCGGAGACGGCUGGAACUAGUACUAACAGGGAAACUUCAAGAAACAGGAGUUCUAGUUCUCUAGAUGAUUAUUGCGACUUGGUUGGCAACUUUCUGUUCCAUUGUCCUUCACCUCAGAACAACACCGACAACCAGAGGUCAACACCUCUGGCUGAGAGAACAUCUGAGGACUUCUCCUCCACAGCACUUCCUUCCUUACCAGAUCUAAUUAGAGAGAGAAAUUCAACACUGAAUGACUUUACUUUUAUCACCAGCUACAAUACCUCCUCACCCCUCACUGUGCCUGAAGUCAGCACCAUCAGACAAGUGGUUGAAAUGGCUGAAUCAAUGGAGCAGUCCAAUGAUGAUGUGAUUGUCGUCGAGACUCCAGAGCGGCCCACUCUGUCUUCUAGUCCAGACUCCUACGUGGUACCAUCCAGUCGUUCUCCGACUCCACAGCCUCCUCAACCGCCUGUCUCACAACCUAAGCGUGACAAACCUCAAGCCAACAGCGUACCCAUGACAUUACAAGAGCUGAACCAAACUCUAGUAUCUCUGCUGGAGUGCCCGGUAUGCCUGGAUCAUGCCACUCCACCCAUCUUCCAGUGCUGCAAGGGACACAUUGUGUGUCAGAAUUGUCACCCCCCGCCUUACCACCUGCCCCAUCUGUCGCUCACGACUACCCGGGGACAGGAACAGUGCAAUGGAGAAGGUGGCAGAGAAGUUGAUGUAUCCCUGCAAGAACACAGUGACUGGGUGCAUCAUGAUGCUAAAGCUGGAUGACAAGCAGGAACACGAGGAGGGCUGUGGGUUCCGACACUAUGCUUGCAUCGUCAACACGUGUCACUGGAAAGGCUACAAGCCAGAGUUGGUUGUUCACUUACAGAGUAACCAUCCUGACAAGCUCAUCUCUGGCAGC